GAUUGGAACAAGGUUGGAGACAAAAUGGAGACCUAGAAAUUUCAGAUCCGUGCUUUCAUUUUCCUAAUAGUCUUCGUCUUCCUUCCUCCUCCGCACCCUCUCUGCUCACGCUCGCUGGAAACCAUGUUUGGGACUAGGGUUUUGAAAGUAACCACGUCUGAAACCAUUGGAUUUUGCUAGGACAAAGGCGGUGGCGGGCCAGAUUGGGUUCACGCCUAAUAUAACUUCGUGUUUGGCUGCCAUCUUCCCUGCUCAUCUUCAAUUAAUUCAAGCAUUAAUCCUCCAUUUUCUCUUUUGCUUUCCUUUCUUUAUUAUCAAGUCCCUAUUCCGCAGAGUAAAUCUUUCUUCUCGUCGUAAUUUCAAAUUUAAAGAAGCAUGGCGCCGCCAGAAGUCUUGCGGAAAGAUCUCAUCAUGUUGGACCUCUUUGUCAACUCCAAAGGAGAAAAUGUGAAGUCCCGAGGAAUUGCUAUUGAGAAGAAGAUUGAAUUACUUGAAAACUUGGCUGGGAAAGUCAGCAACCGAAGAUCUCGCCGAUGGUUGAACGACCGUUUACUGAUGGAACUUGUUCCUCGCUUGAAUGCACAAGAAAUCAGAGGGUUGUUUGCUCCCCCACCUUUUGGUGAUGAUUCGCCCCCCUCACCAUUUUGCAUGACGUAUAGUAGAGAGUGGGACAACUUCAGGAGCAUUGACAUGGACAAAGAGGCUACCAUGAUGGAGGCCCUCAAAGUUUCUGUAUCAAAGCAGAAGCGCGUUGCUGAUAAUGAUAAGGUUGCAGUAUUAACUGCGUGGCAUAGAGUGGAUUGUCAAACAAGAAAGGCGCUUCGUCGUAGUUUUCUUCCAGAACUGAUCAAUAAUUAUGAGGAAUGUCUUCGAAUAUUUAUCAAAGAGAGCAGUGAUGGCGAUGUCCUAGAAGUCUGUGUUCAAGACCCUUUCCAGCGUUUGUUACUGCACGGUGUUUGUGAGUUCUACAACAUGGUCUCGGUGACAGUUGUCACACAAUCAGAAGGCUCUGAGACGGCAAGGAUAACAAAGAUAAAGAAGAAGGGGGAUGACAUAAAACUCCCAAACAUUACCCUCUGCAACUUCCUGAAAAUGUCAAAAGCUGGGAUUUGGUGAUUUGUUACCUCUUACCAUUUCUUGUUUGUGCAUUGUAAUAUUUGUCAUUCAGAUAAUCAAGUGUGUGUACUACUUCUGCUUUUGUUGCUGCUGCUGCAAAAAGCAGGGUUAUAUUUAUAUAUAUCCAUUUGUCUGACUUUAAUUCUUUUAAAUGUCUGGUUUCCAUGGGAGGUUGGCGGUGGCAGGGAGUGACUUUUGUAAAUAAUGAUUGAUACCGAGUACUUAAUAAAUAAGGGUAUCACCAUUAUUUAAUCCAACGACUGAAGCUUUAUGUUGAUUAUUAUUGUAACUGAACAAUGAAUAACCAAGUCGCAUGCACAAUACCUC